CUGAGGAGCGGUUACGAUGACACGAUCGAGAGGGGCAUUACAAUGGCCGCCAUAAAGUAGUAGAAUACAGGUAGCCCGAGCUGUCAGGUAAAGCGCGCGCGCUUUUGUUGUGGGUAUCGCUUACAGUUAAUCCGCAAUCCGGAACCCACUACAAUGGUGCGAUGACCGGCGUCGUAGGCGGCGUGGGGACGCUUUCUACGUUUCGAAAAAGAAGAAGAGGAAGGCGAAGAAGCGACGACAGGGAGCGGUGGUUGUACGAGAAAAGGGAAUAUAAGGGAGCGAGAAAAGCGUAGAUUUGUAUCUACGCGGCGCUCCGUUCAAGCUCCAUUCCGCUCCGGUCCGUCGUUCCUCUUUGACCGCCGACGCGCCGCGUACGGUUUCUUGAUUUUAUCUUCUCGCCUCGUCUCGUCUCGACUCGAGAACAAACUAUUAACGGCCGUCUGCCCUGCCGGAUUCCGUAAUUUAUGGUGACGAUUCACCACUCUUGUACCUAACGCUACGCGCUUCGUUUCUUAAUGCGAUCGUGUGGCCGAGACAUGCGUCAAAUACGCCGACGAAUGAAUCCGAGCCGGCCGCGAUUAGCGUAGGAUCCCGUCACGCGAUUACGUCUUCGCGGCCAUACGUUCGACCAACGUUCUCAAAAGGGAGCCUUUAAUGUUAACACGUUUACUUGCCUGACUGAUGCUCUUGACAACUUGCUUUUUUUUUGUAUACUGGUUUAAUAGGGCCACAGGGAAAACCUUCAGGCUGAAAGAACGAUGACGAUCAAGGCUAAAUGGUGAUACGAACGCACCUCAUGAUACCUUAAUUUAUCUCAAUACUACGUACGUUUACCUGGAUGUAAGAAAUUCUUUCGGAGAAGGUAUACAUAUAACAACCAUCUCCCCGAAGAAAGCCUACAAAACUAUUCCAUUAUUGCAAAAAAAAAAAAAAAAAAAACUUAGACUUGCGCUCUCCAACUUCGUCAAUUUAAUCAUUUUUUAAUUACACCCCCUAUUUCCUAGCGACGCGUACUGCCCUCCAUUAAGAUCUGUUGCUUUUCUCAUCUUUGCCCCCCUUGAUCGCUAUCGUGCAUGUCCUGAGGUGCAUUUCGUGGCAACUCUCGUCGGUCACGUUGAAAUUGCAUCGACCAAUCGGGUGUACGGGGGCGCGGCGGUACCGCGAACGGGGAGAAAGCGGCAGCCAAUAGCGGAAGCGGAGCCCGAGUGCAGCGAUGGAUCGUUGCACCGACGACUGGUUCCGCAACUCCGUAAACGCAUCCUCAGUCGUCACCGGGCUGUAACGCGGAAGACAUCGGGCGUCGCGACGUUUUCUUCAAAUUUUUUCGCGCGUAAGUUCGAGCGCGAGUGAGAUCGCGCGGCGAAGUGACAAAAUCGAUAUCGACACGGUGAGAGAUGAAUUCGAUCAUGGCGUUGCCCAUGGAACUGCAGCUUCAAUUGCAGCAGCAGAUGCUCUUUCGUCAGCAGUUGAUCACUCUUCGCAGACACAGGCCAGAAGAUAUACCGAAUCCGAAUAGAUGGAGAAUACCCACCCUUGGCAGGGGACCUCCCCUACCUCCCGAGGUGAAGGUCGAGUUGCAGAAUCGGGAGCUCUGGCAGCAAUUUCACGCCGAAACGACGGAAAUGAUAAUCACAAAAUCGGGCCGACGAAUGUAUCCGUCGAUGCAGCUGACUAUUAGUGGACUAGAGCGUCGCGCUAGUUACUGCGUCCUCCUCGAAAUGGAACCUGCGUCCGAUCGUCGACACAAGUACGUCGGUGGCGGCGUCGAGGAUGGUCCUGGCCAUGCAAGAGGAUGGACUUCGCCUGGCCCAGCCGAGCCACAACCUAGAAUCGAUAGAAGAAUUUACUUGCAUCCCGACAGCCCUGCGUCUGGUUCGCACUGGAUGCAGCAUCCCAUCAACUUCAACAAGUUGAAGAUGACCAAUAACACUGCCGAUCCAAAAACUAACGUGGUUCUAUUGUCCAUGCACAAAUACAACCCACGAAUUUGGAUCAUUCGUUGCGACGAUGCGACCAGACUGAACGAUCUAUACUCUCAUCCAGCUUCGUCGUUCAGAUUCAACGAAACGGAGUUCAUUGCUGUGACUGCUUAUCAGAACAAGAAUAUCACAGAACUGAAGAUCAACAACAACCCCUUUGCGAAGGGGUUCAGAAAAACGGGCCAGAGUCGGUGCAAGAGGAAACUCCACCAAACGGAGGAGGAGAGUCACCUAGAGGACGAAGAGUCUGAGUCGAACAGAGCAUCGAAUCACCUGGACGUCGUCGCCCAGAGGCCGAGGACCGCGUCCAGCGAAACAGGAAGUCUCGACGACAGCGGUAUCAGUAGCUGCGGGGGUGUCAGUCCACCCUUGCCCUCCAUUCAUAGAAAUUCACCGUCGAACGAAGUCGAAACGCAACCACGAUUGCACAGGCCGUGGGUGGAUUCGUCGCCACAAUUUUCGUCUGCCGUAUCCUCGAGAUUAUCGCCUAAGUAUGACGAUCUUCCAAACCUUCCUGUGAAUCACUUCCGCCUGUGGCACCCCUCCCUCGCCAUGCAACCUGGUUUGUUCAGGUUACAGUACCAAACGUUGCCACAGUUCUCCAAGUAUUUUUAGUAGUGUCGUAAGUAUCACCUUCCUUCUCUGUCGUUACAGACAGAAUCGAAACGAUUUCUUGGCUUGUGCAUCUAUGAAAUUACAGACUUAGUAUGGUCUGACUGUUUAUAUAUAAACGGUUAUAGGAAUUUUAUAGCGUUUUGGACAUUGGAGGGUUAUUUUUAGGUACAGAGAAAAUUGCUAAGUGUACAAUGAUACGACCAACAGAUUCCUAGAAGAUGACCGAUGGAGGUAGAAACUUUCGUUUUUUCUUUCUAAAAUAUUCAACGAGUAAAGGGAUGACUUGUGCGAGGCUAUACUAAGUUUGUGAUUGAAUAGAAUAAUUGUAAGAUUAACCCUGUAAGUAGAAAUAGAAAAUCGUCCAUCGAAUGGCUCAAACCACGGACGACGAACCAAAGAUUUCCUGUACACGUAUAGGCGACCACGAAUGAUUCAUAUCUAUUUUCGUUGUGCUCUAGUUCUGUAAAAAUGUAAAAUUAGGUGGGUAUUCGCGGGAGAGAUUAGUGAUUUAUGCGUGUUAAAAAAAAUAUUAUCUAAGCAUAUGAAUGGUUGUAAUAGUGAGAAUCAGAUUCACGGUAACUGUUGUAGCGUGCCAAGGCUGUAAAGCGAAAUAAUUACAAAUUUUAUAUUCGUCAGAUAUCUCCGAGAAAUCUGUUUCUGAAAGAAUGCACUUCUGGCAGGUGUAUUUAUAACGUUUCAGAGAGCUUGUUGAAAAAACGCAGUGCCUUAUUCCAGAGUACUAGAUGGAAUAUUUUUAAACUUUUAUUUUUUUGUAUGCAAGAUGAGCGUGUCCUGUAUGUAUUCUACUAUCAACGAAAAUGACCAAAGAUGUUUCCAAUGACUUUUCUACUGUUUGGAAGGUUUCCUCGCUUCUGAUGUUCCAACAGAUAUAUUACGAUUUUACCUGAUUUUGUACAUUUACCGAAGAGAAUCAGUACACUCGGCUUAUUUUGAACAAUUAGCAAUAAAUAAGAGUGAACUACGACGUCUUGAAAAGUGCUGCGAACAAGUGCCUAAUAUUCGAGAUUUAUUCCACACGACUGUGUAAAUAAGUACAAUAAUAGUGCCUAUAUUACUAACGUAAUUAUUAUUGUUAUUAGCGAUCCGUGGUUCCUUGGCAUGGUCCAAACGGCGAAGAGCAUGCAGAAGAGUACAGUCUGCCAGUAUUAUACGCGCUGUAUUAUCUAUAUCGUAGUUAAACAUUGUGCAUUUGUGCAUACCGUGUAUAUGAUUGAGAAUUUAAAGAAAAUAUUUUUAUGUACACUACCGUUACUUAAGAUACAUAGUCUAAGGGAAUCGACGAUUUUUCUACUGUGCGUUAUCGUUGUAAUAAAUUACG